GGGAAAAGUCCCCUUAACUCCGUGGGUGAAAGUAAACUUUUAUCCAUAUUUGAUAACAAAACGUUUAUCAGUGAUUAGGUUUCCGAACGAUCUCUCGUCGUUUAGGGGACCGUUUUGAGAUUUGCAGAUUCGUUCAGCGAACGUCUUGGUUGAGAUUCCAUAUAAUCUGUGGCCUGAUAUCUUGUAUCCAAAACAAAGAUGAGGAAAUCUGGGGAAGAAUCACCCGAGGAUAUAUGUAAUGAACCAGAGGAACUAUCUGAGGAGCCUUCAUACGAAUCUGUUUCUCAGCAGUGUUCUGAGAAUGAAAAUGAAGAAAAUGAACCAAGUGAGGAACUUGAAGAGGAACCAGAUGAGGACCAAUCAGAGGAAUCUCUAUCUCAACCAGUUUCAGAAACUGAGACUGAUGAUAAUAAAUGCCACUCAGAAUCUGUGUCAAACAGUUUGAAGGAAAAGAAGAGGCCAUUGGAAGUAAUAGGUGACUCAGGUUCAUUGCAAGUUCAUCCUACACAAAAUAAGUGCAAGCAAGAGGAGUGCUUAGAACCAGAACCAGAUAAUGGAUCUGCUCUUAAAGACCUCCCCAAUAAAUCUGGAAGCUCUAAAGAAUUUGUUAAUGCUGAACAUUCUUCUGAACAACAGAGUUGUACGGGAAGUUCAGGAAAACGAAGGCGUAGUAGAUGGGAUCCGCAGCCUAAAGUUGAAAGGGAAGAAGGUGAAGGUGAUAUGACAAGUAAAAGUAGGAAAACCAGGUGGGCUGAUGAAGAUUCCCAGUUAAAAUUGUCGGGACCAAUUCAGCUGCCUGCUUUCAUGAAAGACAUUGUUACUGGAGCUGAUUCUGAUCCUGAAAUUCAGAAGUUGAAAAUGAAGCUUAUUAAUAUAAACAAGAAGCUGCAAGGAUCAGAGAUUCACGAUAAAUUUGGAAACAAGAAGAAAUCAAGGGAUAUCAGGUACCGGAAACUUCUUCAGGAUCGGCAUACUAUCAUUUCAAAGUUGAUUCAGAAGAGCUCUGUUUCCAAACCUCCCCCUGAUUUCAAGCCCACUAACCUCUGCAAGAAAAUUUACAUACCUGUGAGGGAAUUUCCUGGGUAUAAUUUCGUUGGUCUUAUAAUUGGUCCCCGUGGGAACACUCAGAAGAGAAUGGAGAAGGAAACUGGAGCUAGAAUUGUAUUAAGAGGUAAAGGCUCUGUCAAAGAAAAGCGGGCACAUCAGAAGCCUGAUCCCUCAGAUAAUGAUGAUUUGCAUGUGUUGGUAGAGGCAGACAAUCAGAGAUCACUUGAUGAAGCUGUGAGAAUGGUUGAGAGUCUACUAAAUCCAGUGGAUGAAAGAACAAACAAGCACAAACAUGCCCAGUUACAGGAGCUUGCUGUGCUGAAUGGCACUCUUGGAGAUGAGAGCUUGUGUAGAGAAUGUGGUGGGCAGGGACACAAGCAAUAUGCUUGCCCUAGUCGAAAGUCAACUUUUGAUGAUUUAUGUGAUACAUGUGGAGGUAGCGGCCAUCCAACUGCUAGCUGCCCCUUGACAGCAUCUACUCCUGUUAGCAGCAUUGAAAAUCAACUUCGUGGUGUUGCUUAUACUAGAAGUGGAAGUCUCUCUUUUGUUACCUCACCAGUCCCACGAAGCAUGCCUUGGGGAUGUGGCAACAAUGGGUUGUUUACUUCACCAUCCUAUGGUCAUUUUUCUCACCCUGAUGUCAGCGUAACUCCAAAUACAAAAGGCAAAUGUAGUAAAGAAGUUGAUGAUGGGAAUCUAUAUGUGGGCCAUCUUCCUCAAACUUUGAAUGACAAUCAAUUAAGAGAGUUAUUUUCUUCUUUCGGCAAGUUAGCUGAGGUGAAAGUGAUCAAGGACAGAAGCACUGGAGUCAGUAAGGGCUAUGGCUUUGUUAGGUAUGAUGACCCUAAAGAUGCAUCAGCUGCUGUGGCACACAUGCAGGGUCAAAAGAUCGAUGGGAAAUCAUUGGUAGUAAGAGUUGCGAAGGGCUCUGCAAAUGUGGGAUCCUCGGGAAUUGACCUUCUUCCAUAUUUCAGAGGACCUUCACCAAUGUCUCAAGAUAGUGGUGGUCCAACAGCUUGGCCAGGUCCACCUGGCUCAAUGCUGCCCGAACUUCAGGAUACCUAUUUCUAAGAGGUCAUGUAGGUUUGUGUCCCUUGGCCAAUCCCUUUGUAUUCACAGAUUCCUUCAGCAAUCAAUUGCCUUCAUUUUAUGGAUUAUCAAACUAGAGUUUGUCACGUCAUCCAAUUUAUCUGCAAAAUUCCCUGGCAGUUCCAACUAUCCUGGAUCAUCUGUAAAUUGGUUACUAUGAGAUAAAGCAAUGAUGAAUCAGAAGAUCCAAAGAUUUCGAAGAUUCAUAACUUGUGUUUGCUCACCAUGAAGUAAUUCAGCCGAGCCAUGCUUGCUUGUGGAAAAUUAGAAGAGUUCUUUACAAGUGGCAAUCCAAGUCCAAGGGAGUUACAGUUAACAGGGACACUUUUGAUACUUCGGUCAGGCCAGCCAGCACAUGCAGUGGCUUGUGGACAUCCUUAGAACUGCUGCUGGCAGAUCUCCAGAUAAAGGCUGCUGAGAUGGAUCUAGAGAAAAACCUACAAUGGUUUCCAUCUAAUAUCAAGUCCAAUUAUUAACAAUGCAUAGCUCUUGGAAAGGACAACACUAAACAGUAUUAUGGAAGGAUCUCACUCGUGCUGAUUGGUUAGUUCAACAGAGGUUCAAUCCUUGUCUGAUAUCCUCUCUUCUGGAUAUAAUGCCAAUGAGUGAAAACACCCAUGA